AUGGUAACUACCGGCCAAGUCGAGCGAGCUGUACGCUUGAAGGAGCUCAUCCAGAUGAACGUCGCCGCCCUCUACGCUAGCAUGCCAGUGACUAAGCUUUUCGUUUGUAAGCGCGGCGAGCUGUAUGUUGCCGGCGUGGCCACUCCCCAUACUUGCGGGCAUGGGAGUGUCUUGUUGAAGAGUAUUGAGCGUACGACCGUCGAAGGUGCUCUGGAGUCACUUCUGGAGGAGACUGCGAAGGAACUCACCAAGGAGAUGAACUUCUAA